AUGCGGGAAGCGUCGUCUAUCUCUUGUCCACCAUGCUCUAAUGGUUUCCAGUGUGAUACCAAUACAGGAGUAUGUCGCGCAUUCCGUUUUCCUGGAAAUUAUGAUCAGGUGGUGCUAAUGCGGGAAGCGUCGUCUAUCUCUUGUCCACCAUGCUCUAAUGGUUUCCAGUGUGAUACCAAUACAGGAGUAUGUCGCGCAUUCCGUUUUCCUGGAAAUUAUGAUCAGGUGAAGAAUGAAAGAGCUCCGAUGAAACACUUUUUCAGCCUUCAACAUCGCUGUGCGCCGAAGUUACAUGCCCAACAGGGUACAUGUGUGACAACAACACUGGAACAUGCCGAAAAUUUAGGUAACCACAGCAUUUCCACAGUUGUAUUUACCAGUAGCGGA